AUGCAGGCCGAGGCCCAAUUUAAAGAUAUAGCGGAGGCUUAUGACGUUUUAAGCGGGUUUAGGAUAUAUGAUAAGUUCGGCGAGGAGGGCCUCAAGGGCGGCGGGGGGGCCCCCAGUGGGGGCCCCGGGGGUGCGAAUGUAUUCUACCGAGAGGUGGACCCCAGCGAAAUAUUUUCGCGUUUCUUCGGCACCGACAGAAUGAGUGGGGAUUCAGAUGACCCCUUCUCUCAUCCAAUCUUCGGCAUGGCGGGCGCUGGGGGCCCCUUCGGAAUGAGCUUCAGCACCACAGGCAACAGACGCUGCGGCAGCAUGCACGGGAUGAGCAGCAGCAGCAGCAGCAGCAGCAGCAAACCGCGGGCUUACGAGCGUGACUUGGUCUGUACCCUGGAGGAGCUAUACACCUUCCACAACGGCCAGCCGGUGAAGGAAGACAACGUCGUUACUGUAGACGUCAAGGCGGGAUGGAAGGAAGGCACCAAAAUAACAUUUAGUGGUGAGGGCGGGCAGGAGACACCAAACGGACCCCCAGGAGACCUCAUCUUGUAA